CCUGUUUGUAACUGAACAAAGUACACACAAAAGAUUUUAAGACACAGAAGAGAGAAACCCGAGGUACGGUUACAGACACGUUUUACUGGCACACUGCUUCUAAAAUACUAGAGCACCUUUACCAAGCAAAAAGGAGCUUGUGGGAGCCUUUUUAAUCCAGACAUUUCCCUUAUGGAUACAUAAGGAUUUCUCUGACAAAGGAAGCAUGUCAGGAAACUCUGAAUGCCAGUUUUAUGCCUGGAUAAUUGUAGCCUUUUUGGGGUUAGCUCUGGUUGUAUCACUGAUCUUCAAUAUUUCCCACUAUGUGGAAAAGCAGCGACAAGAUAACAUGUACAGGUACCCUGAAGACUACAUUCCCAGGGAGGAUGAAUAUUAUAUUGAAGACACACCAAUUUAUGGUAACUUAGAUGACAUAGUCCCAGAACCAGUGGAUGAAAACUGUUAUGAACAAAUGAAGGCUCGACCAGAGAGAUGUACAAAUAAACUGCAAGAAGUGACCCCGCCUGCACAGGCAACCGAGGAAGGACAGAUGCUCUAUGCCUCACUGGAUCACAGCUGUGGGGGGAAGAGCAGGAUGCCCAAGAAGGAGAACAGUGAUUUGUUAGACAAGGAUGAAGAUGGGCAGUUACACGCAGGGGAUGCCAGCCUUUCCAAGAUCACUUCGGUAGACAAUUUCCCACUUGAGAGCCAGGAAAUAGAGGAAAAUGUUCAUGAUGAUCCCAUCCGAUUGUUUGGAUUGAUUCGUGCGAAGAAAGAAUCUAUAAACUAGAUGGACUGGGAUUGAGCUCAAUAAUCCAGCUCUUACUGGCGAUGUUAAAGCCAACAAAAUCCAUAUACAACACGACAUGAUUUGGAAGGGUGACAUCUACAUCAUUUGUUAGUGAGAUGGUGGCUGACCUCUUAUCCAGAGCUUAUGUUCUUACACACCAAAUGUAAUGCCAUGAAAACCAGUUAUUUGAAUUUGCUUAACAAAUGUCUAAGUCGUAAAAUGUAAAAGUCAAGUCUGCACGUGGAGCCCAAUUAUGGAGGCAUAACUUCACCGACAACACUGAAUACUCAGAGAAAUAAAACAAACAAAACAAAUUGUUUUAAGCACAAGUAUAUUCUAGAACACAUUGAAAGAAAAAUAAAAGCCACCUUUUAAAAAAAUAUUUCAUCUUUUUUCAUCCACGUAACAUCACUUAAUUGGAAGAAAUUUCUGAUCGAAAGACCUGGGACAUUAAAUACAUUCCUACAAGAAGUGCAAGAAUCUUCUUAAGAAGAAUUGUUCCGAAAUGGAAGUAUCUUUAUUGCUUUUAAAAAUUAUUAUAAAGUUAGUGCAUGCUCCCUAUAACAAUAGACAAAUAUACAAAAGAAGUUGGAUAUCACACUAGCCAGAGAUAAUUACAA